ACAAUAGUGUUGUGCUAAUAGCCUAGUCUAUAUUGAGCCAAUUCACUUUUACGAGAUAAAAUUUUGGAACUACGAAUGGCGAUAUGGAAUAAUAAAGUAUCUAAAUGAGAUCGACGAUAAAAAUAGAAAGAAAUAGAAAAAAGUCAACUUGAGUUGUUAUUUAACGUCAAAGAAGUGUCUUAGUAAAAUUGGGGUGAAAUUCGAUCUUCCCUCGGAGAAAGCGGUGCUAGGAGGUACCAGCUGCUGCCCUGAAUGUGGAUAGAACCUGUCCAAACUGUCAACUUACCGCGCGGCCACCACUUGUAGACUAUUCACUCUGAGAACUAACACAAAGCAAACAGGGGCCCAUUCUGCGCAGUGGACCGUAGUUAUCGGCGGAGCGCCGUGAUAACAUCUUUUGACGGUUUGUUACCGCUGAUCUGGAUAGCACAACUCACGUUGUUUCGAAGCAAACUUCACUUUCCCUCACACUUGUUCCGGGGCACGAGGUCACAGAGCAUCUUGAACAUCAGCCAAGGAUACAGUGCACCGAGAAAGCAGGACAGAGAGGAGGAGAAGUGAACUGAGAAAAUCACCAGUAACGUUUCCAUGUUUACGUUAACAGCAUUUAACAUUAAUGAGCAAGGAUGAAGGCCAGAGGAGCUGUUGGAGUUUUCCUUCUUGCUUUGAUUCACGUUAGCGUUGCAACCUGUCCAGAUGGUAGUUGUGAUGCCCAAAGCUUCCCAUGUAAUAAUACCUGUAGUUGUAUUCCUUCUACUUGGCGCUGUGACCAUGAUGAUGACUGUGGAGAUGGCUCUGAUGAAUAUAACUGCACCUAUCCAGCUUGUAAUGGGGACCAGUUCCAGUGCGGCAACAAGAAAUGUACAUUUCAGAGUUGGGUCUGUGACGGUGCCAACGAUUGCGGAGAUAACUCUGAUGAACAAGGCUGUGGUUUUUAUUCCUGUGGCCCUGAGGAAUGGCCAUGUACUGAGGAUGGAAUGUGUAUCAACAUAACCAAAGUCUGUGAUAGAAACAGAGAUUGCAUGCGUGGGAGUGAUGAAGCAACCUCAUGUAGUGGCACCUUUUGUAGUGCACUGUCCUGUGACCACCAUUGCCAGCCCACCCCUACAGGCGGGACCUGUUAUUGUAACACUGGCUUUACUCUUGAUCCUGCUGAUAACAGGACUUGUGUUGAUUUUGAUGAAUGCUCGUAUUUUGGACCUUGGUCUUGUGAUCAAACCUGCCAAAACACCAAUGGUGGAUAUACCUGCGGCUGCCAUACUGGAUAUACCUUACAGGGUACCAAGAAAUGUGUCGCCCCAAAUAGUAGUUCUAUGAAGUUGAUGUUUGGCAAAGGAACCACAAUUUACGAAGUGGACAAAAAUGGCAAUAGAAACAAUGGAGUUAACGUCCAGUCAGCAGUAGAUGCUCUGGACUAUCACUUGACCAGUAAUAAAAUGUACUGGUCAGAUACCAAGAAUGCCAAGAUAUAUGAAGCUAGCAUGGAUGGAAGUAACAGAAAGGAACUUAAUAUCAAAGGUGUCAGUGAUCCAGUAGAUGUGGCAGUGGAUUGGAUAGGAAAUAAUUUGUAUGUAGUUGACCUGGCUGGACAAAGAAUAGAUUUGAUAACAUUAGAUGGACAGCACCAGAGGAACCUCAUCACUGUAGACAUAUGGCAGCCCACCAGUGUGGCAGUUGAUCCCACAUCUGGGUAUAUGUUCUUCACUGAUCAUGGGAAAUGGACUAAGCGUCAUUUUUCCAAGGUGGAGAGAGCUUUUAUGGAUGGCAGUCACCGGCAUGUGCUGGCCACAGAAAAAGUGACCGCUCCCACCAGUGUCUGCUUGGAUCAUGUGAACAAGAGGGUCUACUGGUCAGACUACAAAAUGGAAAGGAUUGAGAGUGUGAGCUACACUGGGCAACAUAGACGAAUUAUUCUGUCAGGAGUGCGUCACCUUCCCAAUCCCAGAAGUCUCACUGUAUUUGAGGACCGGUUGUAUGCAGUGGAUUGGACCAAACUGGCAAUCUUGAGCAUUAGCAAGUCAGAAGACUCUGCCUCUUCUCUGUACAACUAUGGCAGCAAUCAUGAUGGAAAAAUGAGGGGACUGAAGGUGAAACAUUCUGCAAGACAACCACAAGUGUCCAACCCCUGUGCUGGAGCUGGCUGUGACCAUAUGUGUGUGGUGACCCAUACUACGGACAGUGGACUGGGCUAUAGGUGUAUGUGUGAUAUUGGCUACCAGAUAACAAAUGACCAGAAAACCUGCACCAAAAUAGACAAAUUUCUCAUUGCUGUCUCAACAAACAGAAUCCGAGGCAUUCCUCUAGAAGAUGCUGUAUCCUACACUGUGGAUGCCAUGUAUCCUGUUUAUUCCUUAAUCAGUAGUUUCAUUGGCACAGACUAUCAUGCUGAAAGCAACUAUAUCUAUUACUCUGAUGUCACCUUGGAUGCAAUUAGCAGAGUUAAAACAGAUGGGACAGGAAAAGAAUCUGUAAUUGUUAACAACCUGGUGACAGUUGAGGGGCUGGCAGUGGACUGGGUGGCCAAGAACCUGUAUUACACUGACCAUGGGUCAGGUACGGUCACAGUGGUCUCACUUAGCAACUUUGGAUGGACACGGAUAAUUAUAUCUAACCUGGGAAACCCCAGGGCUAUAGUCACAGACCCUGCUUCUGGAUACAUAUUCUGGACAGAAUGGCUGCGUAGUUCUGAUGUUGGGCCACGGAUUGGGCGUGCUUAUGGUGAUGGAUCAAAUGUAACAUACAUAAGAGAACAUGAACUUGGUUGGCCAAAUGGGAUAGAUGUUGAUCGAACAGCAAGGAGAGUGUACUGGUGUGAUGCUCUUUUUGAUAGAAUACAACAUUGUAGAUAUGAUGGGAGUGAUCUGAGAACAUUGUCUGGUCAUACAAUUUCACAUCCUUUUGGUUUGGCUGUAUAUGGAGAUUACUUAUAUUUUACUGACUGGAGAUUGGAGUCUAUUAUGAGAAUUAACAAGACAGCCCCAAGUCUAAGAUCAGAAAUUCCAGUUCGCACUGGGAUACCAAACUUGAUGGAAGUGCGUGUGUUCGACCCAGCUUUGCAGACCAAACCAGCCAGGCAUCACUGCGUGCAGCCAGUCAAUGGGGCAUGUUCGCACUUCUGUCUCCCUGUUCCACCACAGGGACGCCAUUGUGGUUGUCCAUAUGGAAUGAAGCUGGAUCGCGAUGCCCGCACUUGCAUAACAAAUCCUGAUGAGCCAGUACUCACAGGUUGUCCGUCAGGAAAUUUUCAGUGUAAUAAUGGCCGCUGUUUGAGAGGCAGCUAUCAGUGUGAUGGUGACAAUGACUGCUUGGACAAUUCAGAUGAAGAGGGAUGUCCACCAAAAACUUGUUCAUCCAGUGAGUUUCAGUGUAAUAACGGGAAAUGUGUGAUGUCACGCUGGCGCUGUGAUGGUGAUAAUGAUUGUGGUGACAUGACAGAUGAACUAGGCUGCCCCAAUGUGACCUGUGACAGCUUUGAGUUCAGGUGUUCCAAUAAUCUGUGUAUUCCCAUGAAUGACAGGUGUGACUCUGACAAUGACUGUCUGGAUGGUUCUGAUGAGAUUGGUUGUGGAGACAAAACGUGUGGCCCUGAUGAAUACCAGUGCAGCAAUGGGCCCUGUAUUCCACUCUCCUGGGUCUGCAAUGGCUACAUCAACUGUCAGGACAGGGGGGACGAAGCGGACUGCCCCAUCAAAAACUGCUCGUCUUCAGAGUUUCAGUGCCGGAAUAAGCAUGAGUGCAUCACUAUCAUAUAUCGCUGUGAUGGUGCCCCAGAUUGCGAGGACAGAACAGACGAAAUGGACUGUCCAACACGGCCACCAGGGGGCUGCCACUCAAAUGAAUUUCAAUGCCGCAAUGGUGGGGGCUGCAUCCCUGGCAACUGGAAAUGUGACAGAGAAGAAGAUUGUUUGGAUGGUUCAGAUGAAAGUGAUUGUGACUCAAGUAUAGCCACCUGCCCUGCAGAUAAAUUCCGUUGUGACAAUGGACGUUGUAUUUACAGGAGCUGGAUUUGUGACAGCGACAACGACUGUGGAGAUGGAUCAGACGAGGACAUCAGGCAUAACUGCCCUCCCAAACCGUUCCAGUGUCCACCUGGCCAGUGGUUGUGUCCAGACGGCCUGAGGGUCUGUGUUAACAUCUCUCAGGUCUGUGAUGGUCAGCCUGAUUGUCCAAGAGGUCAUGAUGAGAGCCCUGUGUGCAACACAAACACAUGCUAUGAUUCUAAUGGUGGCUGCAGUAACAUGUGUAGGCAGACGCCAUUUGGUGCAGAGUGUUUCUGUCCCUCAGGACAGGUACUCAAUGGAACUAAAACCUGCAUGGAUGAAGAUGAGUGUGAAAUACCAGGCAAAUGUAGCCAGACUUACAGCAAUGACACUGCCUUUAUCUUUACUUCCAAUCGGCAGAACAUUUAUCGCUCAGAUUUAAAGCAGUGGAAUUAUGAAGUUCUCCCAAUUACUGGCACCAAUAUCAUCGCAGUGGAGGUGGAUGUUGCUGGGGGGCAAUUGUUUUAUGCUGAUUCCAGGGCUAAUAAAAUAUACCACUGUAAUGUAAAUGGGACCGAUUGUAAAGUGUUGUUUGAAAGUGGUGUGGAUGUGACGGAGGGUUUGGCGGUGGACUGGGUUGGCAGAAAUAUCUACUGGACAGAUUAUGUGCUGGAGACUAUAGAAGUAGCCACAUUGGAUGGACGCUACAGGACGGUGUUGUUUGGGGACAACGUAACCAAUCCAAGGGCAAUUGCACUUGAUCCAAGAGAAGGACAAAGAUUGAUGUUCUGGACAGACUGGGGCCAGAAUCCACGUAUUGAGAGGGCAGGCAUGGACGGGAGUGGACGCGUGUCUAUCGUAACAACUAAACUCUUCUGGCCUAAUGGUCUGGCUAUUGACCUUCCUACCAAGCGUCUGUAUUUCUGCGAUGCCCAUAUGGAUUAUAUUGAAUUUGUGAAUUAUGAUGGAACAGGGAGACACCAAGUGAUAGCCAAUAGCCACUUUCUCCGUCACCCUCAUGCUAUGACCAUCUUUGAGGAUAAUGUCUACUGGACAGAUCGUCUGAACAACCAACUCAACAGGUGCUCUAAGUUCACGUGUGACACAAAGACCAUAGUAAUAAAAAACAUGAACCAGCCUCUUGGUGUUGCUGCUUUCCAUUCACUAAGGCAACCUACUUCCUCCAAUCCCUGUGCUCAGAAUGGGUGCAGCCAUCUUUGUUUGCUGUCCCCGGAUCCUAACCAGUCAUACAAGUGUGCCUGUCCUGUGGGAAUGAAGUUAGAUAGCUCAGCACAUAACUGUCAGCAGGCUCAUGAUGAAUUCUUGAUGUAUAUACAAGCUGGUCAGAUAGGUGGCAGCACAUUUACUAAUCCAGGAGAAGCCACUGACAUGUUUGUGCCAGUGGUGGGACUUACUGGAGGCUGGGAUAUGGACUUUGAUAGCAAGGAAGGAUUUGUCUAUUGGAUCGAGUACUCGGAACAGUCAGGAGAAGGAUCUGUAAAGCGUAGGAAACUUACUGGAGAAAACAGGACAGACUUUGCUCCCAGUGCCUUUGUCUCCUCAUCUUACAGUCUAGCCAUCGACUGGUUGUCUCAGAAUAUGUACUGGGGAAGUAUAGAAGACUCCACCAUCAAUGUUAUUCAACUGAACAGUGAUCAACACUAUAGGAAAAUUAUACUGAGGAACUCUGGGAAUGUGACUGGAGUAGGACACCCUGUCUCAAUUUGUGUGGACCCCAUAGAAGGAAAAUUGUACUGGCUGGAUGAAGGUUUUGCUUCUGUCCCAAGGAAGGUGGCCAGCAUGUAUAUGGAUGGUAGCAACCCCACUGUGCUGGUCUCAGAUAACCUGUUUGAACUUGGAUACAUCACACUGGAUGCUGCCAACCAGGCACUCUAUUGGAGCCAAGGAAGUCACGAAACGAUUGAGAAGUAUGAUCUUGGGACUGGAACACGCAGCUCUUUCCUCUCAGGACUCAGUCACCCCACAGGCUUGACGAUACGCAAUGACAAACUCUAUUAUGCAGAUCAGAACUACGAGGCCAUUUACGAGGUUGCUAUGGCAGCAGGACAUGCCAAAACCCGACUCAAGAAUAACCUAGAAAAGCUGAAAUCACUGAUGGUAUACAAAGAGAGACAUAAUCAAGGUCAGAGUAAUGGCUGCAGCAGUAACAAUGGUGGUUGUCAGCAUCUUUGUCUCCCUAAUGGCAAAUCCAGCAGAACAUGUGCCUGUACAAUAGGGUAUACUCUGCAAGGUGACACACAGUGCACAGCUGUAAACUCCUUUGCCAUUGUGUCUCAGUUGACCAGUAUAAGAGGAUACAGUUUGGCAAGUGACCUGCAAGAGGAGGCUAUGGUACCUAUAGGAGAAAAAGGUCGUAAUGCUCUCCAAAUUGCAGUCCAUAUCUCAAGUGGCUCUAUCUACUGGUGUGACAGUGUCAGAUCUGGCUCCAACAAGACCAGUGGGAUCAGGAAGGUGAAACAAGAUGGUUCUGGAUAUGAAGAUAUCAUAUCGUCAGGAAUAGGUGUCAAUGGAGUCCGAGGAAUGGCAUUAGACUGGGUAGCUGGAAACAUAUAUUUUACCAAUGCUAUGGCCAUAGAGACUUACAUUGAGGCAUGUCGACUGGAUGGCUCCAACAGGUUGACACUGCUUAGGACACAGUUUGAUAAACCAAGAUCAAUGGCAGUGAACCCUAUAAAAAGGUAUUUGUACUGGACCGAUUAUGGACAGAGCCCAAAGAUAGAGCGGUCACAUCUGGAUGGCAGUAACAGGACAGUAAUAGUGUCCACUGGGGUCAGCAUCCCUAGAGGCAUUACAGUGGACAUCACCACACACCAUGUUUACUGGGUGGACAGUGUAGUGGAUGCAAUACAGCGUGUGACCUUCAGUGGUGGAUCCAGACAGUACAUCCGCUCUAAUCUCCCCAGUCCCUUCUCCCUGGCAGUGUUCCAGGACAAUGUUUACUGGGUGGACAGGAACCUGAAGAGGAUCUUCAAAGCCAGCAAAAAUGUUGGUAACACUACUGCUCCAGUGGUUGUGCAGUCCAAUAUGGAAUACCUGAGGGAUAUAGUCAUAUAUGAUGCCUCCGUACAGCCACAGGUGACAAGUCCUUGUUCCACUAACAAUGGAGGAUGCGAACAGCUGUGUUUUGCCCUACCCAGUGCCACUGUGCCGACCUGUAGGUGUGCAGUUGGAGUACUUAACACUGAUGGCAAGUCUUGUAAAGAAGCAUCAGAAUACCUUGUAUUUGCCAUGACAUCGGAGAUCCGCAGCCUCCAUCUCAAUCCAGAUGAUCACUCUCAGCCGUUCAUGCCCAUCACUAACCUGGAAGGUGCAGUGGGACUGGAUUUUGAUUAUUCCACUGGGACUAUAUACUUCACUCAAGUUAGAGGGAGAAAGCUCAGUAAAGUUGACUUGAGUAACACUGGACAAGUCAGUGAUUUUGUUGCUCAUGCAAAUAGGACAAUUGAUGGCACCACUCAGGAGCUGUAUUCACCAGAAGGGGUGGCAUUUGACUGGGUCAACAAAAAGGUCUACUGGUCAGAUUAUGCCAUCCAUCGCAUUUUCUCCAUGAAUCUUGACCGCAGCAAUCGUGUGACUUUGAUAGUGGCAGAUAACCCUAGAGCUAUAGUACUGGACCCCUGCAGAGGGCACAUGUACUGGACAGACUGGGGGAAAUCUCCCAAGAUAGAGCGCGCCACCAUGGCUGGCCAACAGAGGACAGCCAUCAUCAGCACUGGGCUAGGCUGGCCAAAUGGACUGACCAUAGACUUUGAAGAGGGGAAAAUGUACUGGGCUGAUGCUCUCAUGCAAAAAAUUGAACGCUCUGCCUUGGAUGGUCAGUAUAGAGAAGUCAUCAUGGAAACUGCUAUUCAUCCAUUUGCCCUGACAGUGUUUGGUUAUUACAUUUACUGGACAGACUGGAAACUAGCUGGAGUGUACAGAGCAGAGAAGCACACCGGAGCCAAUCUUACACCUAUGAUCCAGGGACUACCAAACCGACCAAUGGAUAUCCAUGUUUACACUGCACAAAGACAAGCUUGCACCACCAGUGCUUGUGCAAUCAACAAUGGUGGCUGUAGUCACUCCUGCCAUCCUGGACCUAAUGGGCAGGCAGAAUGUCAGUGCGACGACUUCACGAAUACCAAGUUAGCCAAUGAUAACAAAAUGUGUGUGCCAUCCAAUGCCACAUGUGCCUCUGAUAGAUUCACUUGUAUGAAUGGGAAGUGUCUGCCACCAGAAUUUGCCUGUGAUUUGGAUAACGAUUGUGGGGAUCUCUCUGAUGAAAAUCCAAAUUUCUGUGCCGAUCAUACAUGUCCUCCACAUAAGUUUGUAUGUGGUAAUGGCCGCUGUAUCAACUUAUCAUGGAGAUGUGACCAUGACAAUGACUGUAGAGAUAACAGUGAUGAGGACGGGUGUACAUUUCCAACUUGUCCACCAGACUCUUUCACAUGUGCCAACUUCCGUUGCAUCACGCAGGCUCAAGUAUGUGACGAAAUAGACCACUGUAAUGACGGUAAUGCCACUGAUGAACAUGGCUGCCCACCAACAACUUGUGCCCCAGGGAUGGCCAAGUGUGCAAACAGCAAUGUCUGCAUCAGCAGAAGAUGGCUGUGUGAUGGUGAUAAUGAUUGUACUGAUGGCUCAGAUGAAAACCCUACUUUCUGUGCCAGUGAGCCUUGUCUGGAGGGAGAUUUCCGCUGCUCCACUGGUCGCUGUCUGCCUGCUAACUGGCACUGUGAUGGGGACAGGGACUGUCCUGGAGGAGAGGAUGAACCGGCAGACUAUUGUAAUCACCCAAACAGGACUUGUUAUGGCAACCAGUUUACAUGUGACAAUGGCCGCUGUGUGUCAAUACGCUGGGUUUGUGAUGGUGACAAUGAUUGCCAAGAUGGAUCUGAUGAAGAUGAGGCAAGACAUAACUGUGCUGACCGAACAUGCCCACCAGACACCUUUCACUGUCAAUCCAAUCGUGAUGCUGGUCGUUACUCCUGUAUCCCGCUGGCCCUGAGGUGUAACAGGCGGAGUGACUGCAUAGGAGGCGAGGAUGAAGCUGGUUGUCCACCAGGGACGUGUCCUAAGAACCAGUUUACAUGUUCUAAUGGAGUGUGUAUAGAUAGAGGGUGGGUGUGUGACCAUGACAAUGACUGUGGGGAUAUGUCUGAUGAACCCUCUAAUUGCACCCAUGCGACCUGCUCAGCAGAGCAGUUUACUUGUAACAAUAAGCGAUGUAUACCACAGCGCUGGGUCUGUGAUGGAGAUAAUGACUGUCUGGACAAUUCUGAUGAACAGGAGUCCAUGUGUUUGACCCCUGCCCCUACAUGUCCAGCUGGCCAGUUUAGAUGUAACAAUGGAGACUGCAUACAGUACCAGUUUGUGUGCAACAAAGUCAAUGACUGCCCUGAUAUGUCAGAUGAACAACAUUGUGGAGUGGAUGAAUGUGCUGAGGUAGUGUCAAACCAAUGUGAACAUGACUGUGUGAACACGGUGACCAGUUUUCACUGUACCUGUCGCACAGGGUACACUCUUAGAACUGACAGAAAGACUUGCAGAGAUAUCAAUGAAUGUGAAGAGACUCCCUGGGUGUGCAGCCAGUUGUGUGAGAAUACUGUUGGCUCUUACCACUGUAAGUGUGUCGAUGGCUACCUAGAGACAGCUGAUAGGCGGACCUGCAAAAGAAGAGACAAUAUUGAGCCUUACAUUGUCUUUACCAACCGCUAUUACAUCAGGAAGCUGUCCCUGGAUGGUCAAGACUACCAGCUAGUAAAACAAGGCCUGGGCAGUGCAGUAGCCUUGGACUUCGAUGUCAAGGAAGAUAUGGUCUACUUCAUUGAUGUCACUACCCACAGGAUAUACCGUAUGCACACUAAUGGCUCCGAUGUGGAGGUGAUUAUCCGCCAUAACGUGCCAAAUGGUGAGGGCAUGGCAGUUGAUUGGAUCGGAAGAAAGCUCUACUGGGUUGACUACCAGCUGGAGCAGAUGUUUGUGUCGGAGUUGAACGGCACCAGUCGUAAGACCCUCCUGUCCACUGAGAUGUCCAACCCAAGGGCAGUGGCUGCUGACCCCUCCACAGGAUAUAUUUACUGGACAGACUGGGGUCAUAUCCCUUACAUUGCUCGUGUAGGAAUGGACGGCACCAACCGGUCAUCUGUGAUCACGGAGAAACUGGGCUGGCCUAAUUCCUUGACCAUCGACUAUGUCACCAGGAAGAUGUGGUGGGCUGAUGCACAUCUGGAUUACAUUGAGUAUGCCAACCUUGAUGGCAGCAACAGACAGUUGGUCAUAUCAGGAGUAAGAAUAGCCCACAUAUUUGCCAUUGCUGUGUUUGAAGACUGGAUAUAUUGGACCGACUGGAACCAUUUGAGUAUUGAAAAAGCACACAAGUACACAGGCGCUAACCAGACGUCACUGGUCAACACAAUCCACAGGCCCAUGGACCUAAAGGUCAUGCACCCUCUGCAACAGAAACAAGGUCCAAACCCCUGUGGGGACAACAAUGGUGGCUGCUCUCACUUGUGCCUCAUCACACCAGGGGGCGCUGGAUUCAGGUGUGACUGUCCAGACUACUUCCUGCUUGCCACAGACAACAAGACUUGUAUUGCUAACUGUACUGACCGCCAGUUCCGCUGUGGCAUCACUGAUGACCGCUGCAUACCUCUCAUAUGGAAAUGUGAUAAGGAAAAGGAUUGCAAUGAUGGAUCUGAUGAGCCAGCAGAUUGUCCUGAUCGUCAUUGUCCAGUCGGCAAGUUCCAGUGUGACAACUUGAACUGUACCUUCCCAUUCCAAGUAUGCGACCAGAAGGAUGACUGUGGAGACGGAUCUGACGAGCGUGACUGCGACCAAAAAGAGUGCGACCCGAAUGCAUUUAGAUGUUCCAAUAAUAAAUGCAUACCACGUAGCUGGGUGUGUGACAAUGCUGAUGACUGCGGAGACGGCUCAGAUGAAACACCAGCUAAUCCUGAUUGUGAAUUGCGCACAUGUGAAGCAGAUCAGUUUAAGUGUACCAAUGGUCGGUGUAUUUCUGCCUCUUGGAAAUGUGAUGUGGACGAUGACUGCGGAGAUGGCUCAGAUGAAUUAAACUGUGAGGAGGGACCAUGUCUGCAAGGAUGGUUCAACUGCCAGACCAAUUAUCGUUGCAUUCCAAUGUGGGCUGUUUGUGAUGGUAGUGAUGAUUGCCAUGACAACUCUGAUGAGCUGUCCGAGAACUGCCCAGCAUGUCAUCCAACUGGAGACUUUUCAUGUAGUAAUAACCGCUGUAUACCCAUCAGGUGGAGAUGUGACUUUGACAAUGAUUGUGGUGAUAAUUCUGAUGAAAACCCUGCCUUAUGUGCCUCCCUGUAUAGAGAUUGCUCAGAGUCAGAGUUCCGCUGCAAGAACAACAAAUGCAUUCCAGGCAGAUGGCGCUGUGAUCACGACAAUGACUGUGGAGAUAACUCUGAUGAGGAUGUUGAGAUGUGCAAACAUGAAUAUACUUGUAUGGAAGACCAGUUCAGUUGUAACAGUGGUCACUGUGUCAGUAAAGCAGCUAUAUGUGAUGGAGUGCGCGACUGCCUGGACACUUCUGACGAGACCAACUGUACAACACGAUUCCCAGGACGCUACUGCCCUGUUAAUGUGUUUGGAUGUGACAAUACUAUCUGUAUACCUAACGAAUGGAGAUGUGAUGGGGACGAUGACUGUGGAGACGACUCAGACGAGCGUCCUCAAGUGUGCGCCUCAAUUCAAUGUCCCGAGACAACUCGCUUCAGGUGUGACAACUUCAAGUGCAUUCCAAGAUGGCGAUUGUGUGAUAAAGUUGACAACUGCGGAGAUGGUUCCGAUGAAAACAAUCACGAUCUGUGCACACCUCCACCAGCACAGUGUACAGAGCAGCAGUAUAAAUGUGAAAAUAAGAAAUGUGUGACAGCAGACAAAAUAUGUGAUAACGUUGAUGACUGUGGGGACAGCUCUGAUGAAAAUGGAUGUCAUAAAGAUGGCGCCACAUGUGACAUAAACAAUGGUGGUUGUGAACAGAACUGUACCAUGUUAAGCCAAGGAGGCUACCUCUGUUCCUGUUUUGAUGGUUACAAAAUAUCACUGACAGAUAGGAAGUCUUGUGAUGAUGUGGAUGAAUGUGCAUCUUGGGGUAACAACUGUCCUCAGCAGUGUUCCAAUCUUAAAGGAACAUACAAGUGCCAGUGUGCUGCAGGGUUCACAGAUACAAGUAGCAGGGGCACAAAAUGCCGGGGGACAGGUGCUGCAUCAGUAUUCCUCUUCUCAGCGGGUCAUGAAAUCCGUCAGUUCAGACCUAAUGUGAAGAACAUGGAAUACAUAGAUACCAUCAUGACAGAACAGAGGGUACAAGCCAUUGAUUUUGAUCCUGCUGGAAGAACUGUGUACUGGAGUGACAGCUCAUUGAAAACUUUAAAACGUGCCUAUAUCCCCGAUGACCCUACCAUACAGGGCCAUGCUCAAGAUCUCCAAAUCAUAGGCAUAGAACAAGCUGAGGGCAUUGCUUUUGACUGGGUUGCCAAAAAUUUAUACUGGACAGAUGCCAAAAAAGGAGGGAUUUAUGUUGUAACAUCUGAUGGCCGUUACAAGAAAACAUUGGUCAAAGAUCGAAUGGUUCAUCCAGCAUCUAUUGCUGUGAACCCUUCUCUAGGUUGGAUGUACUGGACUGAUCUUGGUGGUAGUAGUCCAAGAAUCGAAGCUGCGUGGAUGAAUGGAGGAAAUCGUUCCAUUUUAAUCAACCAGCGUCUUGGCAAUCCCACUGGUAUUACUAUAGACUAUACAAUGAAUAACAGAGUGUACUGGUGUGACUCCAAGGAGAACAAAAUAGAAUCCAUGAAUGCUGAUGGCACUGGAAGAGUAGUGGUGGUUUCUGUAGGCCUGAAUCACCCAUUUAGCAUGGAUGUAUUUGAGAGCAGCAUGUACUGGGUGUCCCAGCAGGAGGGGAAGGUGAUGGAGAUGGAUAAGUUUGGUCGGGGUAUCAACCGAACUCUCCAGUCAGGGUUACUCAUGCCGACAGACAUUAAAGUAUUCCAACAGAAUAGAUAUGAUCUUGCAAUAAAAAAUCGAUGCAGCAGCAAAGGCUGCUGGCCUCUAUGUCUACUGACACCAGGUGGUGCCACUUGUGUCUGCCCAGAUGGCGCUGACUUCAAAGAUGCCAACAAGACUAUUUGUGAUGCAGCUGAGGAGACAGUAAAACCCACCCCAAGUCAGACAUGUCCUUGCAAGAAUGGUGGCAAAUGUAAGCUAGAUCCAGAAACUGGUGGACUGGUGUGUUUGUGCUUGAAUAACUAUUAUGGGGAAUACUGUGAAAAGGAGCCUUCAGCAUUCACUGGAGCUGAUGCAAAUUCACAAACAGCUGCCAUUGUGGUCCCCAUUAUACUUGUGGUCAUCCUAUUAGUGGUCAUUAUUGUUGUUUUCCUAUUUCUGAGAAGAAGAAGUAUGAACAAGGCCCUGCAUUCUACUGGUGGGGGCGAGUUCAGACCCGGGGCACCUGCAGGAACGGUGGCUUUCCAUGGAGGCAAUGAUGUGGCCAUCAGCACGCCAGACUUUGUAUAUGACAGCUCUGUGGCACAGAAUGGGGAUGCAAUGGAACCAGAGUACAACAAAACGGAGAAUUUUGAAGACUACAACAAACCGACCAAUUUCUCUAACCCAAUGUAUGACAAUAUAACAGGAUUAGAACCUGCUAAACCCCCUAAAAAAAAGGACAUGACCAGCCCCACUCACUCCAAUGGGGUAGCAGACAACCAGUCAUCAGAGAUCACAGUCCAUAUACCACAUAAAGAACUCUGUCCUUCAGUAACGGAAAACGAUUACGACACUGAUGUUUUAGUCGCUAAUACAGAUUUAUGAGACCAAAGAUUUUUUGAGCAUAAAAAUUCUUGAUGAUCAUUCCACAGAUGAGGCAAAACUCUGGAGGGAGUAUAUCUCGCACAAAGCAGAAUUGAUGUUGGUCGUUAUGAUGAAACUUUAUUACGAAGUGAUAUAUCAAACCCAUACAAAAUAAUUGUUCUUGUAUGGGUGCAGUCUUCCAGCUCUGAUGAAAAAUUGAAUUCCUAUUUACUAAAUAAUUCCAGAUAAAAUGUUACGCUAUUACAUAAAGAGUUGGUCCUACUGUUUGAAGAUAGUUUGUGCUGAUGUUGCCAUUUGCAGAAGCUUGAUCCUUCAUGCUUGUACAUAAAAUAUUCCUCAAAGAACUGUCAUACCAAUUUUUGAUUUGUUUGUUGGUGAUUUAACAAUAGAAAAAAAAAAUUAAAAAUUGAUUAACUUGUAGGCUGCACAGCUUGGAAGACGUAACCAUGAGACUGUAUUGUUACACAGUAGUUAACACAUAUAACUGGAUUAAUAGACUGAAUAAAAAGGUCUGAGGCAAAUACAACAAACAAAAAAAUUUGAAGACAAGUAUGAUCUGAAGAGCUUAUUUAACACAGAAUAACAAUAUUUUUAUUGUAUUAAUUACUGAUAAAUUGUUAGGAAAAAUCUGUCAAUGUAACAGUAGAGUUGAUAUGAAGAUUCCAGACGAAAAUCCAAAAUAGCACUUUGCAGUUUGUUUUACUACAUUAUCCUAGAAAUACGUCUAUGUUGGCUUCCUUGGUGUACUCAACAUUCCAAGAACUUUUAUCUUGGUUCAGAAAAAGGUAGAAGAUAAAAAUAUAUUUUACAGUAUAUAAGACAUGUUGAUGCUUUUUCCUUCUGGCUUUAAAUGUAUGUCAUGUAGCAUUUAUAUAGACAUCUUCAGAUGGAAAUUUUAUUGAUAUUGUAUAAAUAUAAAAGCUUUAAGAAGACUGGAAGAAAAAUUUGUCCCACACCAAUGCAACAUUCACUUAUGUAUGAUAUUUAUAGGUUAAGAUAACAGUGCUGUGGUUAGUAUUGAAUUUCCUUAAGACUGAAACCAAUGUAACUUAACUCCCUUGCAAGAUUAGGAUAUUGUGGAUUGAGCUUUACCUCAAUAACUUACAUGGGUUAGAAGUGUGAGUAAAUGUAAUGUAAAUGGAGAUCACUGAGUUUUUGAUAUUAAUAUAUGUUUUUCACUGAUAAUCUUGUAUAGAUGUGCCAUUAUUAUGGAUUUAUGAUAAUCAGGAGAAAAUGACAAAAAGCACAAAUCACCUUUAAGAUUUUUAUGAUGCUCAAUGUCCCACUUAGGCUAAUGUGAUGCAUCGCUUCCCAAGUUUGUUACAUUACAUAUUCAGUAAGUUAAUCCUGCAAAUUAAAACAAAAUGAAAAUUUUGUGGAAAAAAAAAACAUUAAGCCAAUAUUGUAAUUAUUUGUAUAAAAAAGGAACAGCUUGAUUUUUAACAAAGUAUAUGAAAUCUUUCUUCAACAAAAACUUAUUUUUAUGUUAAAAGAUCACUAAAUAUCACAACAAUAUUUAGAUAUUUGCAAUAUCAAUAUUAAAAGAAGUUUUGAUAAGUUCUUGGUCUGUCUCUCUUGAACAGAGCAAGGUCUAUUUCUUUGUGUACAUUUUGGAAAUAUUUUUGAACAUUACAAGUAUAUGGUGUGAUGCUACAGUGGAUAUAUUAUCGCUAUUAGUCAUUGUGAUUAUAUAAUUUGGUCAUUGCAUUGAUAUAUUGACCAUUUUUUCCUCUUCUACAAUAUCAGCAUUAUUAACUCUUUACUGUUAGAUUAUAUAUAGCAGUACACUCCAUACCUUAGGGAUCUUAACAAAUACUUUGUGGAGAAAUAAAUUGUAUAUUUUUA